CCUGAAUCAGCUACAAAAUACUGCAUCUUACUGAUUUAUUACAUUAAAACACUAAAAGUAUGCAAGUAAUUCAGAUAAAAGUUUAAAAUAAAUCAUAUUAAUUUACUAGUGCAUCGCUUAUUUUCGAUAAUUCAAAACGAAUCGAUUUAAUCGAUGUAAGCAUCAUACGUAGCAGGUUCGGCGAAGAAGAAGAGCUGCGAUGUCCAUCUAUUUGUUAUGUUUGACAACAAACGGCGGAUUGCCAGUGUUUACACGAAAGAAGGGAGAAUGCGAAAAUCUGCCCUUCUCGACGGUGGCCUCCUUAAACGGCUUUCACAUGUUCUUUAAGUCGCUGGGAAUCCAACUGGAGGCCACGACGACCAGCAAACAGCAGCCUAUCCAGAAUCAGGCUCCCGCGGAUGCCGAGGAGUGGACUUACAUAUGGCGCGACCGGGAAUCCAUCACCCUGAUCGUGUGCGGCUGCGGUGUUGGGUCGGAGCAACUGCUUCAGACGCUGGCUGAUCUUGUCUUUGGAGCGAUAGGCAUGUUCAUUACCCGGGCCGCAGAAAUGGCACAUGCAACGCUCCUCGAUAGACUGAAGAAGGACGCCAAGAAGUAUGUCCCGAUUGUUGACGCUAUUCUGGAAGCCGCCUGUGCGGGUACACAACUCCUGGGCUACACGGACUGUCUGCUGGCGGCGGAAAACGCCCAGCUGCUGCAGUGUCUAAAUGAAUUUAGUGGCCACUGUGGCUCGCUCUUUUGCUGCCUGGUUGUGGGACACCGUAUCGCUGUGGCCACUGAGGGCUGGUGGGAUCUGGACACUCGGGACCGCGAGCUGCUGCUGUUUCUGUUGAAUUCGUCGAGCACAAUGCAACACGAUGUGCCGGUCUAUUUGCCCGUGAAAAGUCCCCAUAUAGCCUACCGCUUUGUCAGUAUUCCUGUGGCGUCGAACAGUGCUCUGUGUGUCCUGUGUGGCGCUGAGAAUGCCUCGUUCCGAGAGUUGCAUGCACAUGCCAUGAGUGCCUACCGGAAUGAAGGCAACCUUUUGGCAGCCGCCGAGCGAUGCGUGCCGCGCAGUCUGCCCGAGCAUCUGGAGAUCGAUGGAAAUGUGCUGGCCAUCAUUCUAAUUAACCGACACACGCGAAAAAGUCUCUUUACCAGAAAUCUAAACCAGUCGGCGAGUGUCAAGCGCAUCAUUGUGGGCGAUCUACAGCGCUUGGACAUUCUAAAGAAGUUUUUCGAUCAAACUAUGGAUGCAGUCCACCAAUUUGAAACCCAGUCGUCCAGCAAUAAAACUACGUUAGUGGACCAAUAUAGCUGCUCGGACUACCACAAGUGCUAUGCCCAUAUGGAUGAGCUGGGCAAUGUCAUAUUCUUGUUGUUUGUGGCAGCGGUGCCCUCGCACGCAAUGAGAUUCCUUGCGCAACGCAUCCAUGCUAAUAUACUCCAGGAGAAGUCAGUAUGUUGGUGAUACGAUAUUUCUUUCUAAGCCUAAAGACUGAUUUUUGUUACUACUUUUCCAUGAAAUAAUGUUUUUUUUUAAAUGACAUUAUAUUUAACGAACAAUAGGGUACAACUCCUUUUCUAAAGUUAAGCGUAAUUUUUGACAAAUCUUAUAUGUAUAUGCUACAUACUAAUAUGGCUUUAAUGACUUACAAUUCCGUCCUUACAAAUACUAUUUAUAUAUUUUAAAUAUACAAUAUGUCCUU